AUGUUUCGAUCAGUGUCACACCUGCACGUGCCCGAAGAUUUGAGGCCGGGUCCAGAAGAGGAUGGUGCUCUAGAAGAGAAUCUCAAGACCUUCGUCCGCAGCGUGGGCCAUCGCAUCUCUGACAAGAAGCUCGAUCGCUCCUCAAGGGUCCUGGCGCGCUUGCGCGUUGGAGUGCCGCAGCACUUGAUGAAGAGGGUCACGGAGGAGCAUGCAGAGCUAACAGACGUGGAUGGUAAAACACUGAGGUUCACUUUGGAAUUGACCGACAACGUUACCGUCAAGAAGGACGGUAAGAAAAUUGCCGACGUUCCUCCUGGUCAGAAGGUGCGAUACGAGACAAAGGCGGGACAGAGCACGGGAGUCCUGAAGUUGCCAGGCAAGGACGUCACAGUGCGUGUAAGCGAGGAUGAUGACAUUCGGCAGGUGUUGGGACUGUUCCGCACAUCGAAUGAUGCAGCGGGUACUGACAAAAAGCCCAAAAAAAGUGGCCAUGCUGACGAGCAUGACCAGGACUCCGGGGGGGCUUUUCUGCUUGUGAAGUUCAAAGCUCCUGGAGUGGUGUAUUGGGCCCCGCCCGAGAAGCAGGCUAUUUGGGAGGAGCCUGGCGCACUGCUUUUCCUUGUCAAGGUGGAUGCCACGGGAGAGAUUGUACCGGUUCGUGUCCCGUCUUUCGACCUGCGCUUUGAGCACGAGACGGCCUGGUAUCCGGUCAAAACUCUCGCUCCCGACAACGGAUUCAGCAAAGAGAUGUUGAACAAGGUGAAGCCGGCUAAGGCGAAGGAGCUCCACACUGAGCCAGUGGCAAAUCGUUUGAAUCAGGUGGACAAGAAGGACGUCGAUGAUGACCCUGAACCAGACGGGCACUCAGUUCCCGUCUUCGUCACCAAGAACGCCUUCUGUUGCCGAAUAAAGCAGCGACCGGGACUUCAGCACUUUGACAGGCUGAGGACCAAGAAUUGGUUCAAAACAAGCCUUUGUAAGGUCUUUCCCGAGGUGGACAACAUUUUCCUGGCCGAGUCCCCCGACUACAGUCAGGCACACGCUGCAAGGCAUUUUUUCCUGGACAGAUGCCUAAACGUCAGGAAGCCCAUGGUGCGAAGUGAGGAUCGGGCGGAGACUUGCAUUCUGAAGGGCCAUGUGGAAGUCACCAAGGUCGAAGAAAGCAAGGCGCAAGACGACAGUGACACAGGAAGGUGGCUGUUGCCGGUGCGCAGACUCUGGGUGCAGACAGACAUUAUCGUAAGGGUCUGCAUCCUCACAGUGCGUGGCCUCACCCUCGAUCAGGGCCUCAAGCUCACCGACGACAGCAGCGUGUACGCCGUUGCGAAAGUCAACGGGAUGCCGGACCACCUGCAGCGGAAGUCCCACGCGAGAAUGGUGCUGGAAGACGGGUCUGGAUGUGAUUUCUACGCGAGUGUCGAGAUCCAGACAAGCGUCCCUGGCGUGGGAAGUCUGCAGAUCGAGGUAAGGGCAGAUGUGGGAACUUACACUCGACAGGAGGUGAUGUUGGGCAGAGCAGUGAUCGACAUUGAGGACAGGUGGCUUGCACUUCAAGCAAGAGACAUGCGUGAGGUCAUGAACAAGAAGUGGAUCGAUCAGAACUUGUCACCUUCGGAACCCGUGGAACCAGAGCCUGACAAAAAGGGGACUAAAGCUCGACCAUCAGCAGGCCCAGGCGGGAAGGAAUCUGUUCGAGAUUCCGACAAGAUCCAGCCGGCCCUAGCGCCAAGUCAGCUCGAGCCCAUAGAGACGACCGAUCUCUUCUCCACGAAGAAGCAUCAGGAAAACAGGCGGGUAGGGAGCUUGCGCUGCUGGGUGGACAUGGGCUCUCUGCAGCAUCCGCCGCCGCAGGUCGACUUCAGGCACGUGCCGCAGGCAGAAUAUGAGAUUCGUAUGCUCGUGAAGAAUGUGACAAACAUCACUCAGUUCAAGGACUUUGGCGAGAGGAAUGAUGUUCGGGUGGUGGCCUACGUGAAGAUGAAAUCUCAAGGCCAAGAGCCCGUUUCCCUGAAGCUCCAGACGGACGUCCAUAAGUACGCCAGGUAUACGGCAUCCUUUAACUGGCAAUGGGCCUUCAGGGUUACGGCCCCGCUGCAGUACUGCUACAUCGUUCUGAGCUUGGUUGACGAGGACACCUUGACGGAGGCAGACCUUAUGUAUGCUCCCAAGGAAUUGCCAUUGGAUUACUUAGUCAUGUAUGCGCACGAGAAGAAAUCAGAAGGUGAAGAUCUUCCGGGUCCCGUGAGGAAACAGGUGAUUUUUGACGCUGAAUCAGGGCAGCGAGCCCUUGAGCUGGAACCUCCGCCUAUGGUUCAUCCAAAAUGUGCACCGUGCGUGAGGUGCUUGAAAAGCUGCUGUGACCGCUUGCGGGCAUGCUGCCGGAGCUUCUUGCGAUGCUGCUCCUGCUUUUGCUGCUGCUGCAUCAGACGGGAGCCGCGGCAAGUGGCACCGGCAUACCUCAACCUGCAGGUCGAGAUUGUCAGUGCAGAAGAAGCUGAUCUCCACGAGAUUCCGAAGGACUGCCAAGUCAGCCCUCCGGAAGACCGCAUGGGCACCUUCCAGGCUGUCACGAACCCCCUUGGGUUCAUAUACAACUACUUGGGGCCGACGAACUAUUUCUUUAUCAGAAGGACCAUGAUCCUCAUCUUCUUCUUCCUGAGUGUUCUGGUGGUCCUCGCCUGCGUCUACCUGAUCCUCCAGAUUGUCAUGCCAGGGCUCGAGAUCUACGAUCGAUUCCAACCUACACCCAACGCGAAUUAG